UGUGCUGCCCAGUUUUCUUUGAAGGGUGGGUGCUGUAAACCUGCAGGAUUAAGACACAUAAGUUAAACAAUUAUCUUCUUUGUAUAAACUCUUGAUGGAGAGGCAAGAGGUUUAACCUGUUAAUUAUAUAAGUCAAGGCCACAAUCCUAAAGGUUUAACCAAACAGCUGAUCUGAAAAACACAUUGCCCAUUUCUACUUGUUGUAGAAACCCUUCAGAUGAUGUUUCAUUCAUGAAAGUUAUUUGGGGGAAAACUUCGACACAUGCUGUAAAUUUCUGUCCAAAUUUAAUACUGACUCCUGAUUUUUCUCUAAAGUACAGAGAAAAGAAAAAAAAUCUACAAACCUGCUUUAAAUCUGUCAGGACACAUUAACACUGUUCAUUGUGCAGGCAAUCAGACGGUUAUUAGAACAGUCAGGAGGCAAGAUUUAGAAAAAAUGGAAAUUGUUUUCUCAGAGUCUUAAGUAACCGUGUGAUUUUAGUUUGGUACUGGUUACAUCAGACGUGUCGAUCCUGGGUGUGUCUCGAUCCUGGAUGUGUCUCGGGGUGUUGCCUUUGUAGAAUGGAUCAGUUUCAUCCUCGGACUCAAUACCGACAACAGUAAAACUGGUAUACCACAAAAAUGUUAAGACUGUUGUACUGUGAUGUAAUGCAGUACCUUACUAACUGUGGGCAGGAGUUGUGAGUAUUAUUGCUGUACCAUCUGACCGUCAAGGUUUAGCUGAAGAAGAGAAAGAUUUUACAACGUUACUACAUGGGAAAGGAAUUGAUUAGGACUUUGAGGUUAAUUGUUAAGGUGAUAGGUGACCAGAGUUUUCAGUGAGGACUUCGAGGUUAAUUGUUAGGUGACCAGAGUUUUCAGUGAGGACUUAGAGGUUAAUUGUUGGGUGACCAGAGUUUUCAGUGAGGACUUUGAUGUUAAUUGUUAGGUGACCAGAGUUUUCAGUGAGGACAGUGUAGUCUUUGACGUAGAUUUCUCUGAUAAAGAAACUGUCAAAUACAGGUAUACAUCAAUUAACAGGAAGCUAGUACACAGCCUCCUCAUCAAGGAGCCUGGGACACUGUGCUCACAAAUUGUGUAUCAUUGAUUGUAGAGUUAACAGUAGUUCUAAGUGGUCAACUGUCUGUCGUCAGGAGGAUUCAACAAGUAAAAAAAAACAGCCUUAUAUCGGGGGACCCAGCCUUCCUAGAAUCGUCAACAAGGAAUAGGAAUUGAUCAUUCAUGUUGUGGCCAUUUCUCAGCGAAACACAUCUAAACAACAAUACUUAGUGUGUAUAUCUUUAUUUGUUUCUGAAAUUGUUCUGAAUCAUUUUAAAACAAAACAAAUAUGGCAGUUUUCUUUCCAUUUUCUACAACAGUUUGAGCAAGGUAGUAACGAGCUAUCAAUGAAAUAAUUGAACGAGACUCCAUCCGGACUGUAACCUAUUAGGAUGCUACAUGUUUAACAGUUAGAAAAAGGUCUGUGUUUAAGUUCCUUUAUAUGGUUGUCAUUUGCCAGGGAACAACUGCUAAUUGUAUAUUGGAAAAAAGAACCUGUGAGACUAUCAUACAACGUGUGAAUCUCUGGUCAUUGCAAUAUCUCAAUUAAUAUUCGUGUGCUGCAGUUGACGUCUGCUGCUGAUCAUCCUAUUGAGGUGAAGGGAUGGUGUUUUGUAUGGUGCUAACUUUCAUUAACAGGUUUUGAAUCACCGGUGCAAUAUUUCUUAAGGUUUGUCAGUCAGUUAGUCGGUACAGCCCUCACAGGAACUGAUCUAUAAGUCGGAGGUCCUGUGUGGCUCUGUCAGGUGAGUUGUACAGGAGCUGUGCUUGUUGAUGCUCAUCUUAAGAGAUUUUGGAGACCUGCUUUGUUUCAUUAAAUGAAGCUUUCUGAAACUGGUCCUCUGAUUUCCGAAACAAAGGAGAUUGUUUUGAUUUGGCUUUAGAAAAGCUCUAUGUGAAGAGAUUUUCUGUAUCCUUUGAUAUUAAAAGAAAUUUUCAAGGUAGAAAGCUUGCCACAUUUUGCUCUUCCUUGCGUGCUGGGGGAUUUGUAAUGCUGCAAAGAAAAUCCUCCUUUGUGACAUCAUAGUCGUGUAUUACGUCUCACCAAUGUAUAAACAAUUAAUUGUGUACAGAAAAUCCAUUCCAUCAAUGUGAAGUAAUCGUGAAGGCAACAACACCUGUCAUUGCUUUCCAGUAAUUCCAAAGGGACAUUUGUAUUCGGGGGAAGAGAUGUUGUCACUGAAGUAAUGUGAUGAGACAUGAACUCAAUGGAUUACAUAAAAGAUGUUCCCUCACUGUAACCUCCGAUAAUUCAGACAAUUAAAUAUCAGUUCUCCUCCGCAGAGGAAAUUUGGAAACUGCGAUUUAUAAAAACACUCAUCGAAAGUGCCAAUUUGUUAUACAGAGAGGCUGUGGCUUUUUGGAAGAGCUUUUGGGGUUCUUUAUUCCACAUCUUGAAUUUGUAAACUAAAGAAAAUGGAAAGGAUGUGCUCUGUAACUUGGACAAGAUUUUGCUAUUCUUGAGUUUGAAUUCUGAUACAAAACACUCUUUCCACAUGUUCCAUAAAGUCAGAAAGAGUGCUAAAAUAGACGCUAAAAUAGACAAGAGAGCAACCCAUUGUUUAGUGACUUAGAGAAUUUCUCACUGAGAUGGGUUCUAGAAUUAUGCCAUAUUACUAGCGUAGGAUUCAUGAGAUUUGUGUACAGUAUGAGACUCGGACGAUCAGAGAUUCCGAUUCCAUCACAGAAAUCUGGGAGCAGUAACUCAAGUAAUUCUCAAAAGAACUCCCUCCCUGGGAGCAGAAGCUCGAGUAAAACACGUAAGAACUCGCUGGUCCAGUGUUUUUCUACAGGGUACGAGUCUGGGUCUGAUAUCGACUCGGACGAGGAUGCUGCUUUACAGAUAAUUCAAAAGGAGGUGGCCAAACGACUGUCCUUGCCAGCAGACAUGAGACUUCCUGGUCACUUUCUAACUCGUCAGAGUCUCAGCCCAGAGGGCAUGCUCAGUCGCCGCUCACGGAGAAAAUCCUUGUCUGAGAUUGGUUUUGGGAAGAUAGAAUCAUAUACCAAAUUAGACAAGCUGGGAGAGGGUACCUACGCCACUGUGUUCAAAGGAAAAAGUCGACUUACAGACAAUUUGGUCGCUCUUAAAGAAAUCCGCUUGGAGCAUGAGGAGGGCGCUCCCUGUACAGCUAUACGGGAAGUUUCUUUACUCAGGGAGCUUAAACACUCCAACAUUGUAACCCUUCAUGACAUCAUCCACACGGAAAAGUCUCUAACUCUAGUCUUUGAAUAUCUGGAAAAGGAUCUCAAACAAUACAUGGAUGACUGUGGUAACAUAAUGAGUAUGACCAAUGUAAAGAUAUUUUUAUUUCAACUUCUUCGAGGCCUAGCCUACUGCCAUAAAAAACAGGUCCUUCAUCGUGACCUCAAACCUCAAAACUUACUCAUAAAUGAACGAGGCGAGCUCAAGCUUGCUGAUUUUGGAUUAGCUAGAGCAAAAUCUAUACCAACCAAGACUUACUCAAAUGAAGUUGUCACACUAUGGUAUCGCCCGCCUGACGUUUUGCUUGGGUCCACUGAAUAUUCUACGCAGAUCGACAUGUGGGGUGUGGGGUGUAUUUUCUACGAGAUGGCAUGCGGUCGCCCAUUGUUCCCAGGGUCCACUGUUGAAGACGAACUCCACUACAUCUUCAAGAUUCUGGGAACCCCCACUGAGGAAAACUUUUCUGGAAUCUCUAAAAAUGAAGAGUUCCAAUCCUAUAACUUCUCCCUGUAUGAAGCGGAAAAUCUCAUCAAUGUUGCUCCAAGGUUAGAUGGUGAAGGAUUAGAUCUUUUAUCAAAACUGCUUCUGUACGAGGCCAGAAAAAGAUCCUCAGCUGCUGAAGGAAUGAGACACGCCUUCUUCAACAGUUUCGGACCAAGUGUUCACAGAUUGCCUGACACUGUCUCCAUUUUCACUGUUCCCGGUAUUGUUCUACAUAAAGACCCUGGUAUGAGGUCAUCCUCCCUGGCUAAUUCAGGGAAAAUUCGUCGACAGAGUAUGUUAUUUUAAUUUGGAAGGAAAAUUUAUGUGAUAACUAAUCUGUAGCAGUGGUGUUGUCAUGGAGACAGUCAUGUGAUCACCUUGUGAUAAACUCAUAGCUGUUCGUUGUUGUGACCUUGUGAUAAAGAUCACCAUAGUAACCAGUAGCCUGUGGUCAUGUGAUGACAUAUUUAUCCAGAAACACGAACACUGUAGAUUGAGUGGAACAUGUAAGGAGAGAUCUGAUUGGUCGGUGGUAGAAAACUUUAACCCAGUCAGAUCGAAAGUCGAAAUAAACACGGAAUCAAGAUCUAGAACUCAGCACAUCAUAUCACCGUUAGCAACAGGAAUAGUAGUCUUAUUCCUGAAUAGAGGUCUCACAGAGUAGAUUUAGAUUUUUAUGGACAGAUCACGUAUUCUUAUGCUGUACAAUUGAAAUACUGUAUAGAGCUGAUUAUGUUUGUUUUUUUAAUGUUACCAUGAGAACGGACCAUACCUCACUGUAACUCUCAUCAGAAUUAUCAAAUCAGGAUUUUUAUAGACCAACUUCAUUGUCAUUGUGGCUGAUUGUCAUUAGAACUAAUUACAUUUUGAGGAAUACUCCUGGCAGGAAGUGCACCAGAACUGUUUCUUUAAGGGAGGACCCCAUGUCAUGUUCGGAACGGAGCACCGAAUUCACAACCUGUAUAAAAAUUGAUUACAGAAAUUUAUCAACAACAAAUCAACGCCUGCCCAUUUGACUUUGACGGAUUUUGAUGUAUAAAACCUUUUGAUAUUGAAGGUGACUUUUGCAAGGUGACUUAUUUAUGUCUAGUGCGUGUUAGUGGCCUGUAAUGGUACAUGUUUGACUUGUGACUCCUGUUUUUACUGAUAAGACAACGUGAGCGAGGAUUAUAUUUAUUAUUGUGUAAUAUUUAUGAAUUGACGAGUUCGGGCCUGGUGACCAUAGACAGAGAAAUACUGAAGUCAAUUUUUUUAUUUUAAAUUGCUUAUUCUGAAUAUUUUAAUACUGUAGAUGUAUUUGAUCCCACGAUGGUCUGUGGGUACUAAAUUCCACAAGGCUGACAUUAGAAAUAGCUUACAUGCUUCAAGUCUGCCGGUAUGAUUAUAUGUGACAGUGGAAAUAUGUACCAUGCGUAUUAAUGCACCUUUACAGUGUAUUAGAUAUUAGAAAUAGAAAUUUUUGACUUAAGCCCUUCUCAAUUUACAGUCUCUAGGCCAAAUGGAUGGAUUUAAAACAAAGUAAAACAAUUUUGGAUAUUAUUUGUAGCGGGUACAUGUAUAAAAAAAAAAAAAAAAAAAGAGGAGAAAGUGAUUGAUAUUUUCUUAGAAUAAUAAGUCCCCAUGAUAUUUUUCUUCAGGAUAUUAAAAGUCAAUGAAAAUAUGAAUCUGAUAAUUAACAAUAAGUAAUUAAACAAUAAUAAGUAAUUAAACAGUGUGUUUAUAAUUAAAUGAGUAAUGAUUUGACAUUGGAAUUGGAAAAGUCUCAGCCUUAUUGUAUCACACAUUGAGGUCAUUUUGUUAAGCAAAGUGGAAGGGGGACAAAUACACCCUCCCCAUAGCCUUUUUUUCUAUAUAUUAAGCAAGACCAGUCAUUUAAUCUUAAAGUAAAUAAUAAAAAAGGGAUGUAAAAUAGAAUUGUUGUACAUUUUCAGUGGCUUUUUGUUUAUGAUUUUAAAAAAAAGAGAAUAAAAUCUUUAAAAUUAUGUCAAGCACAUGUACAAUCAUGUCUGUAGAGAGCACUAUAUUGCUUUUUUUUUUUCCUUGUCAGAGAAAUUUUCAUUUCAAGAAGCACAGUGUAUCUGCAUGUCACAUUUUAAAAAUACAAGAUGGAUUGAUUUGACUCUUAAUAUGAUAUUUAUGUUUUUUUAAAUAUGACAUCAUCAGUUGGUGUGUACUGACAUCAUUUAUUCAUGUGUACAUUUGUUUUUUCUCUGGUGCCUAAACUUGUGCAUUCAUUUGUCAGUGCCAUUUUUUGUAACAAAGAAUCAGGUUGAUUUUGUAAAAGCAUUUAGUUAACAUUAUAUUUUAUUAGGAUACCUAUAUGCAUUAAAAUAACUCAGCCUGA